CCCUAAACCCUAAACGUGUGAUAAUCGUCUUCUCCAAACUCUCACUUUCUCACUGCCAAUACAAUACUCUCCAAUCAAGCCAUAUAUUCUGGUGGCCUCAGUCUCUGAGAAGCCGAUAAACCGCGAGUUUGAGCUACAAAAAUGGUGAGGCCGUAUGCAGUGAAGGGAAAGAAGCGAAAGAAGAAGGCAGAUGUAUACGACAGAGCAGGGGAAGAAGAAGAAGCAGCAGCAGCAGCGGCAGCAGAACCAGAAGAAACAGAGACAGAGGAAGCCGAUAAAAAACGGAGCAAAGGAAAUGAAGCAGAAGAAAGGAAGAGUGACCCAAUUGAGCUCGAGGGUAUUCCAAUGACCCCAGCAGAGAUUAACCCCAAGAACGGACCUGGUGCUAUCUUCAUCCUCGAGAAAGCUUCUCUGGAAGUUGCCAAAGUUGGAAAGACUUAUCAGCUAUUGAAUUCUGACGAGCACUCAAAUUUCCUGAGGAAGAACAACAAGGAUCCUGCUCUUUACCGGCCCGAUAUCCUUCAUCAGGCUCUCCUUAUGGUUUUAGAUAGCCCGAUUAAUAAAGCUGGGAGGUUGCGGAACGUGUAUGUGAGAACUGCAGCAGGUGUUCUAAUUGAAGUUAAGCCAUAUGUUCGUAUUCCGAGAACAUUUAAGCGGUUUGCUGGUGUCAUGUUGCAGCUGCUACAAAAACUGAGUAUAUCUGCUGUUGGUAAGCGUGAGAAACUUAUGCGUGUGAUAAAGAACCCUGUGACACAGUAUUUACCUGUCAACUCUCGUAAAAUAGGCUUCUCAUACAGUUCAGAAAAAUUGGUUAACAUACAGAAGUAUGUUGCUAGUGAUGAAAACAGUACGGACUUUGUUUUUGUGGUUGGUGCGAUGGCUCAUGGGAAAGUUGAGACAGACUAUACUGAGGAUUUCAUUUCAAUAUCUGGUUAUCCCUUGAGUGCGGCAUAUUGUAUCACGAUGAUUUGCCAGGCGUUGGCGGGAAAGUGGAACAUUUUGUGAAGCUUUCUUCUUGUUUUAGGGGAAUCUCAAUGCUUUCAGGGUUCUUCAAAGUUUGUGUUUCCAAAGUUGCAUGAGAUCGGUCUAUUUUAUGUUGAAUUUUUGAGAGGGAUGUAGUAGAAUUUAUACAUUAAUCUUGACAUUUGUUUA